CUGUUCUGCUGCUGGGAGUGCGGUGAUUUCAAUGAGUGUUUGAACUGCGCUCUGGCGCGGCACCGCUCAAUGCCCUUGCACGAUAUCCAGGAAUGGACGGGGUCGUACUGGCAACGAAUCACCCUCAAGAGCAUGGGUUUAAUCUAUCAGCUCGGGCACGGGGGGCUUCCUUGCGCUCAUCCCGACCCGGUCGUCCGGCAAAUGGUUGUCGUGGACGAUCUUAUUCAUACUGUCGCGUACCGAUACUGCUCGUGCCGUGGACUUUGCUCCAACAACGCUGUGCGCCAACUCCUCCGCAAUCGAUGGUAUCCCGCGACCAUCGCCGAGCCCGAGACCUGCGUGACCUUCCGCGCCCUCAAUGCAUUUCGAUUGGCGGCGGUGCAUGCUAACGUCAACGUGAACAACUGGCUGAAGGCAAUUGAAGAGCGGACGGAUGCUCUGAAGCUUGGGAAAGUGCUGGAUCGUCGCGCUGCCUCUCACCGAAUAUAUCGGCAGUACACGUUCCUUCUGCGCUCGAAGCGCUUUGGUCGCGGGAACGAUCCCUCCGGGCUGCAAGGAACGACGCAAGGUGCGUUGGCGUGGCGAUGCUGGGCAUGCCCGCGGGAGGGUGUCAACCUCCCGGAUGGAUGGAAGGACGUAGAGGAUUCCCAAGCGUAUCUAUAUCGGCCGACUUUGGCUUGUGAUGCGAACUUCCGGUUGAAAAACCUUGUCCGCCGCAACGAGCGACACGACCCUGAGCUCGGCGAUGGCCUCGGGUAUUUCGUGAAGAAGGACGACUACAAGGAGCAUCUCACGCGCUACGUGAACGAGACUGACGUCCUUACGACCACAGCUGCUUUCAAGGCACUCGUCGAGAAGGACACGAAAGCGACAUCGGGCCUGCGAGUCUCGGGGGUGGUCGGGACCAUCUGCGCGCGCCACGAGCUGGUACAGCCGCACGGUAUCGCCGACUUGCAGAAGGGCGAGAGAUACUGCAACGUCGACUACGUCUUGCUGUCGGUCGUCGCCAUGAUCGGCUGCUUGGCGCUAACCGUGUCCUACGACAUCGGCUGCCAAUAUACGAUCAACUUCUUCGACAGGAUGAGGAAGAUGCCGCGCGCGCUGCAACGAGAGGACCUGGACGUCGUGUUUGGGCUUCCAGUCUGGCACGGCGGCAUCCACGAGGAGUCUUGCAGGACAGUUAACUCGCUGAAGUACCACGAUGGCGUGGGUCGAACAGAUGGGGAGGCGAUUGAGCGAAUAUGGUCGCUUCUGAACCCUUCUGCUUGGGCGACGAAGUACAUGGGCGAGGGCGCGCGGCAUGAUUGGCUGGAGGACAAGAUAGAUAACGUCAAUUUUGGCAAGCUCAUCGGCCUCGUCUAUCUUCUCGCGCGUCGUUAUAUCGUAGCCACAGACGAGCUCAAGGUCCAGGUUGAGUCGUUCCGCAUCAUCCAGAAGUCGAUCGAGCGCGACUUGCUCUCGAAGUGGAAGGCGGAACUGACUGCUUGGAAGAGUGACCGCAGCCUCCCGUGCCCAUAUAUGGCCCCCGUCAUAGAGGGCUUGUCAGAGGCGGAGGUUCGACGUCGCUUGGAUCGCGAGGAGCUGGACGAGCUCAAGGCGGGUCGCGCGGGUGUCGAGGGGACGUCGCAGACUGCGUUUUUGGUUGCCGGCAUGCGACUAGAGGCAGCACAACGACGAAUCAUCGCCGACCUUGACGGCGUUGCUGUACUGCCCAUGAACGUUGAGGGCCUCAUCAACAACCGCCGACGAGCGCUCCUGGAGAAGAUAAAGCCCUUCAACGACUUGCUCAAGACUCACAUCCCUGGCGCGCCGUCUACCGCAUCUGAAGAAGAACGCGACAAAGCCAUCGAUCCCGAACACCUCACCAUCACCAUGCCGUCGCGUUUACCCGCAGACAAGCGAUGCGUCGCGUGCGCUGAAGGGCUGCCAGCAAAGGAGUUGAAGUUACGCCGCGCUCAAGCGCACGAUACCAUUCAGCAGAUACGCAAGAAGCUGCAUGCGAAGCAGUAUUACAUCCAGUACCGCAACUCGAACCUUACGGGCCAGAAGCAAAACACCCGCGCGCGUACAUUGCUGGCCACCUUACAAGAACGCAUCGAUCUCGACGCGCAGGCGUAUCGCGCGGCCCGUCAGGCCAUCUUGGACUUGCGGGGCGUUAACCAGGACCCGGACUACCCCGUGCUCCAUGCGAAGGACCUCCAGCUCGAGGGCGAGCGUGCCGAGGCGGACGACGACGCGGCGAGGAAGUCAGCGGCUGCCGAUAGGCAGCGCACUCGUCAUGUCCAUGUCUCGAUGGGCAAGAGCACGAUGUCCUGGAUCUGGACAGCAAACGGACUUCAUAUCUGUAUAUGUGCUGACACUUGUACUACUGUAGCUGUACGGCAUCUGUGGGCGCAAGCUCUAGCACGCAAGAAUUGUUGGGUGGAGGAGGUGGAGCUGCUGCGUGAGGACAUGUGA